AGUGUCAAGUGUCGUAAAUCUAGCUGGUAUACAUGGGAUUCCGCGCUAGCUUCGCGUGCCCGGCGGCCAGAAAAUCCGGGUGCCUAACAUGCGCCGUGCAUCUCUCCAUCGUCUCCAAAGUCGUCUCAGUUCGGCGAGCUCGUAGAGAGCUCUUUAAUUUUGCCUAACAUCCAAUCGAGAGGGAGGGAGACCUCUUCCAUUGCGUCUCAUAUAUAAUCCAUAGAUCCAGCUCCUGUUCCCUCAGCAACAGUGUCCCUGAGCCGAGCUGAGCUGAGCUGAGCUCCGAGAUGGAUCCAUUGCCGCCCAUGGCGCACGAGGCCAACGGCAACGGCAACGGCCGCCGGAAGAAGCCGCACGCCGUGGUGAUCCCGUACCCGAUGCAGGGCCACGUCAUCCCGGCGGCGCACCUCUCGCUGCGCCUGGCGGCGCGGGGCUUCGCCGUCACCUUCGUCAACACCGAGUCCGUGCACCAGCGCACCGCCCUCGCCCUCGGCGUCGACCCGCUCCGCUACGACGUCUUCGCCGGCGCGCGCUGCGCCGACGUGCGCUACGAGCUCGUCGGCGACGGCUUCCCGCUCGGCUUCGACCGCUCGCUCAACCACGACCAGUUCAUGGAGGGCGUGCUGCACGUGCUCCCGGCGCACGUCGAGGAGCUGCUCCGCCGCAUCGUCGUCGACCCGGCAUCCACCUGCCUCGUCGCCGACACCUUCUUCGUCUGGCCGGCCACGCUGGCCAGGAAGCUCGGCGUGCCGUACGUCUCAUUCUGGACGGAGCCGGCGCUCAUCUUCGCCCUCUACUACCACAUGGACCUGCUCACCAAGCACGGACACUUCAAAUGCAAAGAGCCACGGACGGACACGAUCACGUACAUCCCCGGCGUGCCGGCGAUCGAGCCGCACGAGCUGAUGUCGUACCUCCAGGACACGGACACCAGCAGCGUGGUGCACCGCAUCAUCUUCAAGGCCUUCGAGGAGGCGCACGACGCCGACUACGUCCUCUGCAACACCGUGGAGGAGCUGGAGCCGUCCACCAUCGCGGCGCUCCGCUCCAAGAAGCCCUUCUACGCCGUCGGCCCCAUCUUCCCCGCCGGGUUCGCCCACAGCGUGGUGGCCACCUCCAUGUGGGCGGAGUCGGAUUGCUCCGGCUGGCUGGACGCGCAGCCGGCGGGGUCCGUGCUCUACAUCUCCUUCGGCAGCUACGCGCACAUCACCAAGCAGGAGCUGCACGAGAUCGCGGGCGGCGUGCUGGCGAGCGGCGCGCGGUUCCUGUGGGUGAUGCGGCCGGACAUCGUGAGCUCCGAGGACCCGGACCCGCUGCCGGAGGGGUUCGCGGCGGCGGCCGCCGGGCGCGGGCUGGUGGUGCCGUGGUGCUGCCAGGUGGAGGUGCUCUCCCACGCGGCGGUGGGCGGCUUCCUCACCCACUGCGGGUGGAACUCCGUGCUGGAGAGCGUGUGGGCGGGCGUGCCCAUGCUGUGCUUCCCGCUGCUCACCGACCAGCUGACCAACCGCCGGCUCGUCGUGCGGGAGUGGCGCGUCGGCGUGCCCAUCGGGGACCGCGGCGCCGUCUUCGCGCAGGAGGUGACGGAGAGGAUCGACGAGGUGAUGUCCGGGGAGGAGGGGGAGGAGCUCCGGCAAGCGGUGAAGAAGGUCAGGGCCACGCUCGAGGCCGCCGCGGCGCCCGGCGGGUCGUCGCAACGGGGCUUCAACGACUUCGUCGACGAGCUCACGCGCCGGUGCGGCGGUUGAGCGAUUGUCAAGUGGCAGCGGAUGCAGCUACUAAUCACGUCCUUAGGAUUUCCCUUUGCUGAUUUAUGUCAUGAUGAUGAUGAUGACUGUUUUGCGAUUGUGUCGGGCUAUGCUGAACCAUAGCACGCAUUAGCUUUUUCCAAAGUCACCGAGUAAAAUUUUAUACUGUGCUCUUCAAAGAGCAACUCUUCUCAAAA